AUGGGGACCAGGCAGUCCAAGGACUCAGAGGCAGGCUCCAGCCCGCUGCAAGGGGUGUGGAAACGGGCUCAGGGCUCCCUUCUGCUCCGCUCAUCCUCCGUUGACCGCUCGGAAAGCUCCGGGGUGCCACCACCCUACAAGCGCCGAGUUAGCAUGAUACAGGACAUGUUGCUGAUGGCGAAGGAGGGCAGGCAGGAAGAGGCCACGGAGCUGCUGAAACACCUGAGACAGGAUUUAGGAAUGGAGUCGACGUCUCUGGACGAUGUGCUGUACCGAUACGCCAGCUUCCGUAACAUGGUGGACCCCAUCACUCACGACCUCAUCAUCAGCCUUGCUCGCUAUGUGCACUGCCCCAAAACAGAGGGUGAUUCUUUGAGCGCCAUGGAGAAGGUCUGUCGUCAGCUGACCUACCAUUUGAGCCCUCACCCACGCUGGAGGAGACAGGGGCUUCUGAAGGGCAAACCCCAGGCCAGUCUGAAGGUGGUUCUCUCCACCCCUCCUGCUGGCGGCACGCUGGACCUGUCCGGCAUCCCCCUCUCAUGGCGAGACACAGAGCGUCUGGUUAUUCAUCUACGGCGCCACUCCGCCCGUGUGCGAAGCCUGGAGCUGGGCUUUACUGAGCUAACAGACGAUGCCCUGCUGCUUCUGCUGCCCACGCUGGCUGCCCUGCCUGCACUGGAGAGCCUGGCGCUUAACGGCAACCGGCUGACCCGCGGCAUCCUGCGCCAGCUCACUGACGCCCUGAAGGACCCAGGCAGCUUUCCAGCACUGGCCUGGGUGGACCUGGGCAACAAUGUGGACAUCUUCUCCCUUCCUCAACCUUUCUUGCUGGGUCUGCGCAAGCGCUGCCCCAAGCAGGGCAAUCUGCCCACCAUCCAGGAGCAGGGAGAGGCACAGUCAGGCGAGGCUGAGGAGAGGGGGUUUGGGAUGAGGGGCUGGGCCGGGUGUGGGGCAUGUGGGAGCACUAGUUUGGAGGAGGUUGGAGAGGAGGAGACAUCCACAUGGACUUCAGGGUCAGCAGAUGAGACAUGAUGACGAUGCCGCUGGUAUGAUGAGAAUUUACAAGUGACUUUAAUAGUUAGAUAAGUAAUAGCCUUCAGUUGGACAUGGAAGAUGGGUCGGGGCGUAACGAGACUCAUUUUCAGAAUAAAUCCAGAAUGAAUUUUCGAUUCUGAAGUUUUGACCUGAUUUUUGAUAUUUUACAUGUAUAUAAAAUGUAAAAAAUGUCUUGAUUGUACGGAGCUCUAAUUAUAUACUACAUAGACAGGUUUGAUUCAGAUAAAUAUAAUUUCAAAAUGUCUGGGGACAGCUAUGAGAAAUUGUGGGCUAAGUGUAGGUGGGAGCGUAGACUAAUUAAGGUGGGAACGAACUGAAUGAAUAUUUCAAGCCCUAUUCAGAGACUUGUGAAGGCGGUGCAUGUCACCAUUGUCGGACAUUAUGUAAGUUAGCAUGGCAGAAAAGUCCCUCUAGGAUAUACCAUAGGGGCUGUACUUUUGUUUGCACUGGACUUCCUGCAGUCCAGCGCCAGGUUUAGCAAGUUGUCCCUAGAUUCUCAUUACGGGACUGUCUGGCCCUGCAAGACUACUAAAUCCAAAAAACUUAACUGCCACAUAUAAAGGCUUAUACUGUAUCUCCAUUUUUAAACCCUCAAAACUGAAUCAAUACACUGAGUCUGACAGCGUUAUGUUGCUGUUUCAGUGAUUUCUUGUUUUAUAGUUUCCAUAAAAGAUAAAUGAAACAUAAAUGAAGAGACAGUACAGCCUAUACAGUGUUGUGAACAUUUGUUUUCUUUUAUAUUUUUCAAAACUGUCUAGAAAUCUUUACAGCAGUAAUGGAUAGAGGAAUUCCUGCUGUUGGGAAGACACACAGCGUGCCUGUACGAUGACUGUAGCCAUGAACCUCCAAAGUAAAAAGACCACUGAAGUAAGAAAGAAAGACACAAACCAUUCUAAUGGACAGAAACUCUCCAGCUUUAAGUAGCCUCCCAGUUUUAACUCGAGAUGUCCCAGUCUGUCCGGAAAGAUCAGCGAUAGAGCCAAUAAAAGCAUGUUUUAAUGGAUCUGUAUCUGCUGUAUUAAGCCUGAAUGAAUUCCGGCCCCAUGUUAAGGCUGUCUUACUCCAUCAUGCUCUGCUUGCACUGAUGUCGAGGUGAUGUAAACAGACAUUAACCACAACUUCUGGCAGCUUUCAGAAGUAAACAGGCGGUUUAAAUGUCUGCAGUGUGGAGUUUUAAAGAGAAAAAUGAAAACAGCCCAGCGAUGCUGGUAUUUCAACUGCAGUUAAGCUAGCAAACUUUCAUAGAAACAUGAUUAAACUAGUCACAUGUAAAAUGUGAAUGCGCAGCUAAUGCAGCUUAUUUAGUGGUAAAAGUAAUGCUGUGUUACUUUUUUCUCAAAAAAAUACUAAAAUACUAUAACAAAUACUGUAAUGUACUUUACUGAUGUAUUUUGAAUUGUAAGCCUAGCGUCACGAAACCUUCUAUCUCAUUUUUUGUUGGUUUUUUUUUUCACUGAAUUUUAAAACUCCUUUUCCUUCCCCUGUGAUGUUAGCACUUUAAAGAUAGGAGGUUUUUGAUGCGACAGCGAUGAUAUAUUUUUUAAAUUGGACCGAUUUUACUACCUACCUUUAAAAAAAUACAUACAGUCAGUUUAGUACUUGACUUUAGCUCAAUUCAAUAUUAAAGGAAUUGGGUCACUACAUAGUUUUUAACCCUAGUUUUUAUCACUGGUUACAGCCCCAUUCAGAGCAUCAGUUGUACCAGCAACAGAGAGCUCAGAAGACUCACCUACUCCAGUGCUUUAUUAGGUGUGGUCUUCUGUUGCGUUACUGUCUAAAGGCUUACGUCGUUCCAGUAUCAACAGCUGACGCUUUGCUAAGCCCCGCCCUCUUUAUUACUGUUUGAUGAGCUUUCAAGCCCGGUAUGUUCAGAAUAGAUUUUUCGAUUGGAAGAGUAGAUUUACUCUGUAAUCAUUUAUAUUUCAUCAUUUUUAGAUAAAAGUAGAGUAAAAGAUUGCCAGCUUGCCUUUGAAGGCUGGGUAUGUAACACUGCGAACUCUUGGCAGCCUAAAGGCCUUUGUGUCGCGAUUUAUUCAAACAAGCACGUCGCUGCUGUUGGAAGAAAACCUCGUAUCUCCAAAAUGGUAACUUUACAGGAGAAGGAAAAA